AUGGAAAAAAAUAAAAACUCACUUUUACGCAAAGUGCACAGAUUUUACGACUUUUAUUGCAGGAAGCAGUUAAAAAUCAUUUUCGCCAAAUCUAUCUAUCUAUCUAUCUAUCUAUCUAUCUAUCUAUCUAUCUAUCUAUCUAUCUAUCUAUCUAUCUAUCAUAGAUUCUGCUCAUUAUCUAUCUAUCUAUCUAUCUAUCUAUCUAUCUAUCUAUCUCAUAUCAGUGUCUCUAUCUCACUCUUUUCUCCCCCAAAGACAGAUACACACAUAAAAAUGCUUUGCUUUCAUUUUCUCUUUUGUCGCCUUAUAUCUUUUCUCACUGUUGCCAGCCAGGAUUUGGAAUCUUAUCUCUUUUGUUCUCCCCCUGUACCCCCUCCACCCAACCACCGCCCCCCAAAAAGGUUCCUCCAUCGUCCCUCAUUUUGCGACUUUCAGGAAGUUGGCAACCUCGGCUAA